UCUUUUAAAUUAUAAAAAUAUAUUAGUUUUUUCCAGCAUUUUUCAAGGUUUUUACCAAAAUAAAAGUCACCUUGGACUAACUGUCUUUUACUCUGAAGGAGUGGUGUAUGUAGAUUGAGCUGUGACGCACUUCCUCCUGUCUAAGGUUCACCCUGUUAUAUGUGGCUCUUCUGGCUCAUUUCUAUCUCAGCUCGCCUGUAAAACUUGUUGCUACUGAAUCAUUUCAUAUUAUUGAGAUUCACUGGAGUUCAAUCUGCGACUUUCUGUUUGCGUCACUUCGGUUUCCGGUCAGUUUUCGUGUCUUUUCCGACGUUUCUUUGUUGAAGUUGAAUCGCAGUUAGCUCCAGAGCUAGGCAUCAUCCGUCCCGAAAAGAACCAAUCAGAGGAUCGAUAUCUGAAGCAUGGACCAAUCAGGAGUCGCAGCACAAACGGAGAAGAGUCCGUGGGGUUCUGUGGGCCCGGCGGCGCCGGCCUGCUCCCUGACGGAGGUGAUGAGCGAGCAGCUGGCCCGGCAGCUGGACGAGGAGAACCAGGGCUUCCCAGCGCUCCCACAGCCGGCAGCCGACCCGGAGGAAGGUCCGGACACGGACAGCGACCUGAUGCUGGCCCAGAUGCUGCAGAUGCAUGAGUUCGACCGCGAGUUCGACGACCAGCUGCGGCGUGAGGAGAGGAAGUUCAACGGAGACAGCAAAGUGUCCAUCUCCUUUGAGAACUACCGGAAGGUCCAUCCUUAUGAGGACAGCGACAGCUCAGAGGACGAGGUGGACUGGCAGGACACGAGACACGACCCCUACCGGGCCGUGAAGCCCCAGACGGCGCCCCGCAGAGGCUUCAGUGGGAAGGGGAAGAACAUCACCACCAAACACGACGAGGACGCCUGCGGACGGAAGAACACGGCCCGCAUGGACAACUUCGCCCCGGAGGUUCUUGUGGGGGACGGGUUGGGGAUGGACCUGAAGCUGUCCAACCAGGUCUUCAACUCCCUGAAGCAGCACUGCUACAGCGAGCAGCGCCGCAGCGCCCGGCUGCACGAGAAGAAGGAGCAUUCCACCGCCGAGCAAGCCGUGGACCCGCGGACCCGCCUGCUCAUGUACAAGAUGGUGAACAGCGGCGUUCUGGAGAACAUCAACGGCUGCAUCAGCACCGGCAAGGAGUCGGUGGUGUUCCACGCCGACGGAGGGAGCCUGGAGGAGCAGCCGGUCCCAGAGGAAGUGGUUCUGAAAGUCUUCAAGACGACGCUGAACGAGUUCAAGAACCGGGACCGCUACAUCAAGGACGACUACCGCUUCAAGGAGCGCUUCAGCAAACUGAACCCCAGGAAGGUGAUCCGGCUCUGGGCCGAGAAGGAGAUGCACAACCUGGCCAGGAUGAAGAAGGCGGGGAUUCCCUGUCCAGACGUGGUUCUGCUGAAGAAGCACAUCCUGGUGAUGUCGUUCAUCGGGAAGGAGCACGUCCCCGCGCCCAAACUCAAAGACGUGUCGCUGGGGUCCGAGGAGGCGGCGGAGGCGUACCGCCAGGUCCUGCAGCUGAUGCAGCGCCUCUAUCAGGACUGUAACCUGGUCCACGCCGACCUCAGUGAAUACAACAUGCUGUGGUACCAGGGGAAGGUGUGGCUGAUAGACGUCAGCCAGUCGGUGGAGCCCACCCAUCCUCACGGCCUGGAGUUCCUCUUCAGGGACUGCAGGAACGUUGCCACGGUAACGGCCGCUCCGCUCAGAUCGUUGCCAUGGAGAAGCGGAACGAGGACCACGUCCAGAAGCGGGGGAAGAAGACGUUCCCGAUGACGUCGGAGGACGGCGGUCCUCCUUUAGACCCCGAUUCUGAUGACUAGUCGUCCCCCCCUCCCUCUCACGACCCGACUCGCUUUGAUCCGCCACGUCAGAACCGCUGGCGUCCGGUCCCACCGCCUCCUCCCAGGCCGGACGGAGCGCCGCCCCCUGGCUGCAGGAGGCAGAGAGCGUCAUAUCCUCCUGCUUAUCGCCGUUUGAUGUGAUGAAGACAAUAGAAGCAGAUGAAGGUUUUCACUCCGGACCUGAUGAGCGAAAGCCAAUCAGACGUCCUAGUUAAAUCCAAAGAGCUGCAGCCAUAAACUGAGCGUUUUCAUCUUUAAUCAGUGUCUGUGUUUUGAUUUUAAAAGGUGUUGAGCUCCGUGUUUCUGAUUUUAACCAGGAGGAAUAUUGGGAUUGAUCGACUGAAUGUGGAAAUGAAAUGUUUGCUGUGAGGAAACAUCAUAAAUGUUUUUAUUUAAACUCAUACGAAGCAGGUAAACAAUAAACAAAUAUGAAAACAUGACAA